AUGUUCUCCAUCUCUGCGUUCCCCUUCUUCUACAACUUCCUCAGAAUCGCCAUCGCGCGUCAGGCCACUGCGGCUUCCAAGGACCAAACGGCCUCGCCUCACAGCGCCUACCUGAUGUCGUCCGAGCAGCAGUCGGAACAGAAAAAGGUGUACCAGAAGGUCAUGGCGAUGUUCCUGGGCUAUGCGGCCUUCGCCUUCUUCUGCUACAACCUCUUCGACUUCAGCAUCUACAACGACAUCCUGCGCGACUUCGUGAUGGGCGGCAUCCUCGGGCUCGAUGUCCUGACCUUCAUCUACUACAUCUACCACCACGUCCAGAACCAGCGCCAGUGGAACCGGGACAAGAAGCUCCUCAUCGCCGCCAUCAUCCUGUUCGUGAUCGGAUACGCGGCCCACACGCUCGACAGGCAUAGCAUCCUUUGCUCGCCCACCUCGGUCUUCCAGGGCCAUGCGAUCUGGCACGUGUUCUGUGCCUUUGCGCUGUGCGUGCUCUACACCAUGUUCAGGCACGAGCACUUCCACGUCCUCUCCGACACCUGGGCCGAGAGCAGCCCCGUCUUCUGUUGA